ACAAUACAUGACUGACCCCACUGAUGACCACAAACAACUAUACAAAGAAGUUCAAAAUUACCUUAACACAUUUGUCACAAACUAUGCACAAUCGAAAUUAGAUUUUGAACAACAACACUUCUUUAGGAUGGGUGGAAGGUCCGGGAAACUCCUGGCCCACAUGGCUAAUCCUAGGUCAAACUUAAAACCUAUAAGCGCUAUCCCCUCACCGGACGGCACUACAUGCAC